AUGAGUUACGGCGGUUACAGCCAGGGCGGCUACGGCGCCCAGAAUCCCUACGGCGGCAACGAUGGAGGCUACGGCGACAAGAAUGGCUACAGCAACCCUUUCACAGAACCCGACUAUGAGAUGCAGGCCAUGAACAACGGCGGCUUCGCCCAGCAGCCCAUCGACCCCAACGCCAUCCUCAAUGACUGCCAGGCCAUUGACCGCGCGCUCGACCAGAUCGACGCGCAGCUCGAGCAGCUGACGCGCCUGCACAAGUCGGCCGUCAACGAGCCGCUGGUCUACAAGAACCAGAUCGACACGCUCAACAAUGAGAUCAUGACGGGCUACCGCGGCCUCGUCGACCGCAUGAGGCGGAUCAAGGGCCUGCCCGAGUCGGGCGAGCCGCGCAACAAGCCGCAGGUCGGCCGCGUGGACCGCCGUCUCAAGAGCACCAUCAACAAGUUCCAGGAGGUGGAGAGCAAGUUCAGGAAGGAGCUGCAGGAGAGCCAGGCCCGUCAGUACAGGAUCGUGCGCCCUGACGCUACCGACGACGAGGUCAAACAGGCGGUUGAGGAUCCGAAUGCGCAAAUCUUCCAGCAAGCGAUGAUGCAGAGCGACCGCCGAGGACAGUCGCAAUCCGCGCUGCGUGCGGUCGAAGGCCGUCACAAGGAGAUCCAGAAGAUCGAGCAGCAGAUGGUGGAGCUGGCACAGCUGUUCCAGGACCUGAACGAAAUCGUCGUGCAGCAGGAGCCGCUUGUGGAGAACAUUGAGCAGAAGGGCGAAGAGGUUCGCGACAACGUAGUCAAGGCCAAUGAAGAGAUCGCCGUCGCCAUCGACAGCGCGCGCGCCCGUAACCGGAAGAAGUGGUACUGCCUGGGUCUCGUUGUCCUCAUCCUCGUCAUCAUCGCUAUCGUCGUUGCCGUCGUUGUCGUCAUGAACCAGCAGAAAUAA